CUGCCUGUCCUGUCCUGUCCCGUCCCUUCCCCGAAGAAUUCCCCAAUUCAAAGAGAUCUCUCUCCUCACAUCCACCUCACUCGCUCGCUCGCUCGCUCCCUGCUGCCAUCCCGCGGCCGGGCAUGUCGUCGUCGGGGGCCGGCGAGGAGGGCCCGUUGCCCGUGGAGCUCCGCAAGGGCGCCAACGGGCUCGACAAGGUCGUGCUCCGCCAGGGCCCCCGCAUCUCCGCCGAGGUGUACCUGUAUGGUGGCCAUGUAACAUCAUGGAAAGAUCAGUUUGGGGAGGAGCUGCUUUUCGUUAGUAAUAAGGCUAUUUUCAAACCUCCAAAAGCUAUACGUGGAGGUAUACCAAUCUGCUUUCCUCAGUUUUCCAACUUCGGACAUCUGGAAGCUCAUGGAUUUGCAAGGAACAAGAUCUGGACUGUUGACACUGAUCCACCACCAUUUCCAGUACCGAUCUCUAGUAGAGCUUACAUCGAUUUAAUCCUUAAACCUACUGACGAAGACUUAAAGAUCUGGCCACAUAGUUUUGAGUACCGUCUGAGGAUUGCACUUGGACCUGGUGGAGAUCUGAUGCUGACUUCACGUAUAAGGAAUACCAAUGCAGAUGGAAAGCCAUUCUCUUUUACCUUUGCAUAUCACACGUACUUCUCAAUUUCUGAUAUAAGUGAGAUACGUGUAGAAGGCCUGGAAACUCUGGAUUACCUAGACAACUUACAGGAUAGGGCCCGCUUCACUGAACAAGGCGAUGCUAUUGUUUUUGAAUCUGAGUUGGAUAGAAUAUAUCUGGGCACACCGUCAAAAAUUGCCAUUAUUGAUCAUGAGAAGAAAAGAACAUUUGUUGUGAGGAAAGGAGGCCUUCCGGAUGCUGUUGUUUGGAACCCCUGGGACAAAAAAGCUAAGGCAAUGGCAGAUUUUGGGGAUGACGAAUAUAAACGCAUGGUAUGUGUGGAAGCAGCUGCUAUAGAAAAGCCGAUUACUCUGAAGCCUGGCGAGGAGUGGACUGGAAAAUUGGAACUAUCUGCAGUUCCGUCUAGUUAUUACAGUGGUCAAUUGGACCCAGAUCGUGUUAUUCAGGAUUCAGUUGUUCCGGAGGAUUCUGUCAGCUAGCCCUUAGUCAACUUCUGUGCAGGUAGACUAUUAAUAUCAUAUGCACAAGGGAAAUGGCAGCCACGAGUGUCAAAACAUUUCUUCCAUUCUAUUCAAAUCUUUGUUGUUUUCGGCGUACCUACCGGAACAGAGCGAAAAUCUCAACAUUGAUUUCUGUUUCGGGAUCCACAUGACAUAAAGGGACAAAUCAGUGUUUGUACCCUGCAUAGGGAUGAUCGAAGAAACAUCUUAGAUGGGUUGUAAAAUAAAUUUAUAACUGUAUUUUCUUUUCUUUAUCACUUUCUUUUAUUCCCAGAUGCUUAAGUUUCAUAGUGUGGCCAAAAGGCGAAGAUGAUGUCAAACCACCUUUCAGAUAAACACACAUGAUGUGUAAACAUGCCAAUAUUUUGAGCUGCAUGGCUCGGUGGUUGUGGAACCAUGUUUAUUUGGAUGCAA